CCAGUCUAACUAGUUUUGGUGCAUAUCUAGUAAAUCACAGCAAACAUGGCGGAGUCGCAGGUGCGGGCAAACAUAGAGGCGUUGCAGGCGUUGAAGCCUCAGAUGCAAGAUCUUAAACAAGUGGUGAAUUCGUACAUAUCCUUUGUGCAAGAUGCCAUAUUGAAGCGUCGAACAGAUUACCAGUCUAGGCUUUCGCAGCUGAAGUCACACGAGGUUCAGUUGAAGGCAGAGAUUGAAAUGAACAAGAAAAUGAGAGAACAGUUGCUAGAAGAGCUUUCGAGCGAGAUGAGGAAUAGAGACCAAUCAUCAGUUAAGCUCGAGGAGAUGAAGAUCCAAGAGGAAAACAUAAAGAAGCAAAAGGAUGAGUUCUCCAAGCAGUUGGAAGAGAUUGAGUCACAAAUAAGCAGCAAAAUAAGGCAGAUCAACGAGCAGAGAGAUAUAAUGAAGAAUCAAACCACUUUGGUGAAUGACAAGCUAUACCAAUUUGAGCAGCUUUUAGGACUUCGAAUAGAACACUCAAACAUGGUAGAUGACUCCAUGGUGGAAGGUGAUUUGGAAAACGAAAUCGACACGAUUAUUUUUGUCUUUAAAAACAUUGAUCCUAAAGAUUUUUCUAGAGAAGCCUCCUUUACGUUUGACCCUGUGAAUGUGGCAAUCCUAAUCUCAGAUCCUCCCCUACCGGAUGCAGUCUUUUUGGAGGCGAUCAAGCUUUUUCUAGACACUAAGGAGAUAGCCUAUUUGUGGAAAUUCCUCAGAACUGCGCUUCAAACUGAGCUUGUCUCUUCAAAAUAGAUGUCUCGUAUAACUCAACUCCAUCACGUAUAACUACGACUGUAAUUUUACCAUUCUAUGUAUAAUAAUUCUUUCUUAUAAAAUCCUGUAGAUUACCC